UGGUGUCUCUUUACUGUACACUCCUAUGAGUCCUGCUUAACCUGUUGUUGAUGAGUGAUCAGCCAGCCUGCUGUUGAUGAGAAAGUCCAAUCUUGACAAUCUCUUUAUUUUUUAGUUAAAAAGUUUAUUGAUUCUUCUCUCUGUAUUCUAUUUUAAAUAUUUAUCCAGUUGCUAAUGUUCUAUGGCAAACCCUUUAUCAUUUAUUUAAGCUUUGAAUGCUUUGUUUGGUCUUAUAGCUUCUUGAAGGCCAAUUGUUAAUCACAGUUAGUCCACUUUUGAGAGAUUGUGCUGUCUGAGGUAGUUGUUGUGCUACCAUACCUGCAACUAAGUUGCAAGUUAGAGUUCAUGAUGCGUAACUGGCUGCACAUGGAGACUGUGAUGGUAGGAGACGCUCGGCAUCGCUCCUUCUCUCACAGCUCUGACCAUAGGCUUGCAGGCAGCUCCCAUAAGUCUCUAUCUCCUCAAUUGCUUUUUCAUAUGUACCAACACUACCUGGACAAAUGGACACCCUACACAAAAUGUCGAUGGGUGUUUAGCCUGGCGUUGUUGGGGGUGUUUCUAUUGCGGAUAUUCAUGCUGCAGGGCUGGUACAUUGUGUGCUAUGGUCUGGGUAUAUACCACCUCAAUCUCUUCCUCGCCUUCCUCACGCCUAAAAUAGAUCCUGCCUACAUCAGUGAUGAUGACGAUGGCACAAGCCUGCCCACCAAAGCCAACGAAGAAUUUCGGCCGUUCAUGCGGCGUCUUCCCGAGUUCAAGUUUUGGUACAGCAUGACCAAGUCUACUGUCAUAGCAACUUCAUUAACAUUCUUUCAAGUUUUCAACGUACCAGUGUUCUGGCCUAUCCUGGUGAUGUAUUUCAUCACACUCUUCUGCAUCACCAUGAAAAGACAAAUUAAGCACAUGAUAAGAUACAAGUACCUGCCAUUCAGCUUCGGCAAGCCGCGUUACACCAACAACGACGCCAACGGCGCCGCCAAGCCUGUCCCUGAUUGACGACCUCAGCGCGGUCGAUGAGCGCCUCGCAUGCACGGCACCAAACUUGUAGAAACUUUACUCUUUAUUACGGCUUGCGAUUAUCUUAAUCUUCUCUUUCACUAAGUACUAAGCCCUCAGUUUUAGUCUAUUUGUUGCAGAAAUAUCCCCAAAUUUUUUUUACUACUUGGUAACGGUAUGUAGGCUCUGAAUUACGUGGGUUAAUUAAUGUGAUCACAUUGUAAUUGAGUCACACUCACGGCAUAGUUGAAACUGGAACAUUUUGUUGUUGAAGAAUAACUUGAUUUUGUGAUGUCUAAUUGUGUACAGUAUUGUCGCUCAUGUCAAUUGGCCUUUUCAAUUAAUUGCAAAGCCUCUGCUUCUUAAUUGAAAUUAUCGCUUAUGUGUCCCUAUAGCAGGUCCAUAAAGCACGUCAAAGUUUCGUGAUUUCAUCGUAAUUGAAAAUAUUGAGCCCUGCCUGGCGCUGCAUGCUUGGAUGCCGCCAUUCAAUUGAAGUUUUUUUUCUUUCUUUGGCUGGUAUGAAGUCAUGUUUCCACUUUAUUGUACAUCGUUUCCUCUGCAACUGAAAGAAAAAAUCCUGAAGUGUUGACUGUGUAAGUAGUUAAAAUUUCAGUACUUUGUAGAGCUUGUUAAUAUAUAUAUACACUUUCUUGCAUUGACAAGACAUAAUGUGUUGAAGUUAUUUUCUUGAAUCCAUUUACUACGUUCGAUUCGAAAUUGUAUUUAUUUCGGUGUACAAAGUUGAAGAGAUAUUGUGUUACUACUAAUGCAAGCAGUUGAGCAUUUAUCAUCUCUUGAGUUAGAAGCCAUCAAAGCUCCCGACUGCUCCCGUUUAUGAGCUACAGUCUCUCUUAUUGAUUUGGUUACAAAUAACAAAUGCAAUUUGCGUUAGGGUUCAUGUACCUCAUCCCUUCCCUUACUUAUAUGAAAUUCUAAGCUCUCGAAAAUACGUUAAACAAUCUUUUCUUACUCUGAAAGUCAAUUGGUGAUGGAACAUUUUUUUAAACGACCGUAUGUUAUAUAUCUUUAUAUUCUUAUAAUCAUCACUGAUCUUUUUUUGUGUAAUCGAUUGUUUGUUGCCAAUACCAGUUGGAAUUUUAAACUGGUAUUUGCAUGUCCGUAACCUGAGUCAUGUUGUGUCGUGACGGUCAUGCCGUCUUCCCGUGACUGUCUAUCGGUUACCCAAUGAUUUUAGGGCAGCAUUGGGGGUUAGAAAUGCUUCCUGCAACUGAGCAAGUCUCUGUGUCCGGUAUUGCUUUUAUCAUUGUUGUGGUCACAAGAAAGUUUGGAAGAUGAAGAGAUUUAGGCUGUAAAAAUCGGGCUUUGUUUUAUAAUUGUUCCUAUGCUAGUGUUAAUUGUCACCAAACUCUUAGAAUAUCACUAAACUGGAAGUGUUGCGCACGCUUGUUGAUUGUUUCGCGCAAGCCAUGCCUCAGUGCUCUGAAUUAUAGCUGCAGAAAAUACAAUUGCUAUCGUCAGUGAAACUCGGCCUUUUUUCUAUUGUUGAGCAUCAAAUUUAAUGUGAU